UCAUUGGGGGGCGGGCUUUGCCGGGGAGGCCCCACCCCUCAAGGCCGCGUAGUUUGGUUGAGCACAGGCUGCAGUUUCAGUUUGUUUUAUUCACCAUUUUGAAGGUAGCUGGAGGUAAAAAAAAAUAUAAGAAUUUUUGCGUUAGGAGGACUACUGGCUGCCGUACUUUUAUUUUCACGCGCUAGCUCGGACGGUGGAGUUGUGCGUCAACCUCACUCCCCUCGGUGUUUUGCAGAGCGGGAAUCUAUAUUCCUUUCCCCCCCCUGUGCUUUUUCUUCUCCCCCUUUCUCACAUCCUUAACCUCCACAGUAUUCCUGCAAAAUGUCAAGACCAGUGAGGAACAGGAAGGUGGUGAACUACUCACAAUUCAACGAGUCUGAUGACGCAGAUGAGGAGUAUGGUGACGACAAGCCGAAGAAGGUGCGACCAGCCCCUCGUGAGCACAAGCGCUCAAAGAACUCGCAAGAUGACAGUGAGGACUCUGAUGACAAGCUCUCCAAACCCAAAAAUGAUUCAGCAGAUGACUUUGGCAGCGAUGAUGAAGACAAUGACUUUGGAGAGGAGGAGGAUGAAGAUGGAGGAAGUGACUAUGAAGAAAAAAGAGGGAAAAAGGGAAAGAAAGCUAAAGUGGAGAAGCCCAGCAAGCGGGGGCCGAAGAGAAAACGGGCUGCAGAUGACAGCGAUGACGAAAGGGAAGUGAGUCGAAAGCGUACAGUGCGUCAGGCGGCCUCAAAGGCCGUGUCCAAACAGAGAGAGAUCCUGCUGGGAGAUGGAGGCAGCGAGGAUGAGGAACACGAAGAUCAAGAGGAGUCCUACAUGGACCCUGACGAGUCUGGCAGCGAUGAGGACUUCAUGGUGGAGGAUGACGAUGACAGCGACUACGGUCACUCCAAGAAGAGAGGCAAGAAGGUGAUUCGACGGCGACGGACAGACAAGGAGAAGAAAAGCCCCAAGCCACGGCUAAAGGCCACAGUGACCCCCAGCCCAAUGAAAGGAAAGGGGAAGGGGCGCCCCAGCACCAAGGCGAUGGAGAAGAGCUCACCCAAAGAGGAAGAAGAGGAGGAGGACCCAGAGAGUCCCCUGGAGGAGGAAGAGGAGGAGCCCGAGAAGAAGGAGAGUUCCCCAGCUCCCAAGAAGACAAAGGAGGCCGCAGGAGGAGAAGAGGAAGAGGAGGACGAGGAGGAGGAGGAUGGCUCAGAAGAGGAGGCACCCUCUGGAGAAGACUAGAAGAUGGUACCCAUUUGAAGCCCAUCCUCCACAUCUCUCUCUGUCUGUUCUCAGUGGGUUUUUUCUGUUCUUCUUUUUGUUGU